AUGGACCUUGACCACGAGAGGUUAUCAUAUCUCCUGUAUCAAAUGUUGUGCGGGAUUCGGCAUUUGCACAGCGCUGGGAUUAUUCAUAGGGUGAGCAAUUCUGAGGAAAUUAGAGGAAAAACAGGUCUUUUUUCGAAAAAAGGUCAUAAAAUGGAUUUCUGUUUGCGUUUUUUCUGCCAUUUUUCGAAACCUAGCCGUAUUUUUGAGAUGAGAAAUGUACUUUUGAUAUUUGUAAGCAAUAAAAAACGAUGAAAGAUAUGAAAUUUAAUGUUUGAUGUAAAAAAAAAUGUAUUCUCACGCCUGUACGACCCGCCACGCGGUGGCCGGUCGUACUACGGUAGUUUGGAUAGAUUUUUCAAUAAUAAAAGGGAUUUCUGUGUACUUUUUGUGAUGUAACUUACCUUGUAACCUUGAGAAACAGGUCCUUAACAAAUUGCAAAAAAGAAAGAAAAUUAAAAAAAUUUCCUGGCUCCGAAACUGACUGCGCAAUGUUGACCGGCCGCCGUAGUACUGUCUCAAGCAUGCGUGUUCUGCUUUCAUUUUGAAACCGUUUAUAUCUGACAUUUUUAAGCCAAAAAACCAGUGAAGAGGCUCGAAAUAUGAGGGGAAAGGUUGUAAAAAUGAAGAGAAAAGAAGAAAAUGACGUUUUUUGGAUUUAUUGUUAAAAAACUUGCAGUCAAUGUCCUUGAAAUAAGUUUCAAAAUUCGCAUUUCUCCUCUAUUUUUUUUUUCGUUUAUUGUCUCUCAAGACUUGAAACCAUCAGAAAUCGUCACUCGGAGCGUAAUCCAAGGAUAAAGGUUGAAAAAAAUGAUCCACUUUGCCUUUCUUUUUUUGUAAACCAUAUUUUUAUAUCUGAAAAAAAUGAACUUCUGAGAUUUUUUUAGGCCUAGAAGACGAGGCUACUAAAUAUCGAUUAAAAAGAUAGGAAAUAUGAGAGGAAAGGACGAAAAAAUGAUCCAUUCUGCCUUCUUUUUGAAAUCUAAUUUUGAAAAGGAAAAUGAGUUUUUGAAUUUUUGAACUGGGACUUCAAAAAAUUGGCAAAAAUGGACGAAAUUAAGGGGAAAGGUUGCAAGAAUGGCGUUCUUUUUAGAACUUUUUUUAAAAGCUUGCAGCAGACAUCAUUUAAAACUUUUUCCAAUAUCUUUUUCACUUUUUUUCGUUUUUUCCUCAAUUUUCUCCCUUCAGGACCUGAAGCCAUCCAAUAUCGUCGUUCGCAGCGAUUGCACACUGAAGAUCCUCGACUUUGGCCUGGCUCGAUCGGCAACUGAAGCGUUUAUGAUGACGCCUUACGUGGUGACCAGAUAUUACCGGGCGCCUGAAGUCAUUCUCGGCAUGGGUUAUCGCGAAAAUGGUGAUUUUUUCUAUGAUUUUAUCCUUUUUUGAUCAUCGUAUAGUAAAAUUUUGAUCUAGGGACAGGAAAUUUUUAAAUUACUAAAGCUUUAUUGGAGAAUAAUUUUUGAAAUUAGAUCGUUAAGAAAGAUUCGCGGAUACUUUUAAAUUCGAAAUUCUUUUUUUCUUUAGAAAGCUUCACAUGAGCUUAGUAGUAUUUUUAGAUCUCUUUCUGUUUUUGAGAGGAUUUUCAUGUUUAAGACUCGCUUUUAAGGGUUUUAAAUUUGUUGAAAAAUGGUAAUCCGGUAUUUAAAGGAGCAUAUAACGGUUUUAUUCAGGUCUCGAGGCGAAUAACUGUUUUUCCGUGUUUUUUUUCUGUAAUUUCAAAAUUCUCAGCUCAAAAAUGUUCUAAUGAAGGUUUUGGAACAGACUAUGAACCAUUGAAAGAAGUAUUUUUGAAUUUCAUUGAUUUUCAUAUUUUUGAGGUCAAAAAAACACACUUUUUGGUUAAUUUGAAAAAAAGUUUUUUGUAGUGAUUUGUUUUCAUUUUUUUUUUCUAGUUGACGUCUGGUCGAUUGGCUGCAUUUUUGGCGAAUUGAUCCGCGGCCGAGUUUUGUUCCCAGGGGGAGAUCAUAUCGAUCAGUGGAAUCGGAUUAUUGGUUCGUUCUCACUUCGAAAUUGAACUGAUUUUUGUUUUUUUUCAACGAAUUUCCAAUUUCCAGAACAAUUGGGAACGCCUGAACGAUCUUUUCUAGAACGGUUACAGCCGACUGUGAGAAACUACGUCGAAAAUCGGCCUCGGUAUGUUUCUACCUGGAUAAAAAAAGUGACAGUAAAAUUAUGAUUUAAUUUUUUUAUAUUAAAAAAAGUUAAACGACACUAUGAGCUAUAUCUUUUUGAAAAAAAUUUUUUUGUAAAGGAAAAAAAUCGAAGAUUCAAAGUAUAUUUUUGAAAAAUUUCGCCUUUUUCUCAGAAAUAAAAUUUUCCUUUUUUUCGAAGUCUCAGUAAAAUGUUUGAAUUCACUUUUUGAGACUUUUUUUCAAAAUCAGUUGUUAAAUAUUCUUAAAUAUGCCUAGAUGGAAAACAUAUAACGUGAAAAAAUAGACAAAGAAUACUUAUUUUGGACAAAAAACAGGGAUUAGCGUUAGAAAGUUUUUUAAAGUUCCGAUUUUAUUUUUCGAAUCGCGAACUUCUAAGAUAUUUCAAACAUUUAGAAAAUCAAGAAGAGUUGAAAAAAGCUUUACAACAUUUUAACAUGGAUUCAAAUUUUUUUUUUUUUGAAGAGAUAUUUUGAGGAAAAGUGACAUGUGUUAUAACAAACCGGCGAAACGAUGUCAACUGUACCUUUUUUCAAGUUUUGAGGGCUUUAGAACUUCUCUGGCGUCUUCUCUGUUAUUGAGAACGCGUGACGGACGUGUCGGGGCAUUUCUAGUGACUACUUUAGCAGCGUUAGCACUCUUAAAUGAUCCCUAGAGUCGCCCAGGAAAAGCACUUCCGUUUUGCGUUACCAACAUCCGAUUUUUCCCUCUAAGAUUGGUGUAUGCACAAUUCACGGUCACGAAUAUUCGCGGACCCAAAGUUCCUCAUACCAUCGGUAACCUCAGAGUGAAUACUAGGAAUGAAUAGUUAUUAAAGGACGGAAUAUAAAAAAAAAGCAAUGAAGCCUAUUGGGCGUAACGGGAAGGAUAUCGUUAUCAAGUUUUUUGAGAGAGGAACCAUUGACUUUUCAGCUACCAAUCGACUCCGUUCGAAGUUCUCUUCAGCGAUAAUAUGUUCCCUCCAUCUGCCGACAGCGCCAGAUUAACAGGUUUCUACAUUUUCAUCGUUUUCUUCGAAUAUUUGAGAAUAAAAAACUAGGACUAAAAUUGUUUCCAAGUUAAAUGUCCUUAAUCGAUAAAGUUAAAAAAGGAUGAAGGCUCAAUUUGUGGCAUCAUAUUCGCUCUACGGAUAAUAUCUUGGUUUUGAAUUCAUGUUAUCCCAAUUAUAAUAUGCAAACCAAGAGUAAAAAAAAAUUAAGAAGUCACCUUUUUUUUAGGUUUGAAUGCGCUCUAAAGAUAAAUUUUUUUAUAAAUAAUCGAAGAUAUUUGUUUUAAUAGGUAUUGAGCUUGAUUUUUGAGCCCACAGAUAACUUGGAAAAAAUUAAGAGACUUUUUUCCAAAAAUUAUCGAUGGAGCGCAAAAGUUUGAGUUCGAUGAGGCUAUUUUUUUACUAAAAAUAUUUUCUCAUAAUUUAUUAUGGAUCCACUAAGAAAUUCACAUUUUUGAAGCGGCCCAAGCCCGAGACUUGCUCUGCCGGAUGUUGGUAGUCGAUCCUGAACGAAGGAUUACUGUAGACGACGCCUUAAGGCAUCCCUACGUCAAUGUUUGGUUCGACGAGGCUGAGGUGAUCAUAAGGAAAAUCAGGGUUUUUCAUCGGUUUUUUGAAGGUUUACGCUCCGCCCCCAAUGCCCUACGACCACAAUUUGGACGUGGAACAGAACGUUGAAUCUUGGAGAGGUUCGUUAUUUAAAGGCGCAUGGCCAGAGUUACGAGUUUAGAGCGUUUUCAAAGAUUUACUCGAAAUUGUGACGAAGUUUUGUAUUUUUCUUUCGGCGAAAGUUCAUUUCCUCAAAACAGCGAAUGAGAAGUGUACCGUUACCGUAAUCUAGUAUUAAGUAGGCAAUGUUUUGUCGCUAAAAAAAAUUUCGAAAAUCUAUCAUAAUCCGAAGCUUUCACGAUGAGGAUUGUUAUAAAACCAAUGGCAAAGUUUUAAUCGGAAAAAAUUAAGAAAUAUACGAAAAAUAACGUUUUUUUCCAUGGAGCAACUUUGCUACAAACUUCAUUUUGGGAUGGUAGGACGAAAAAUUUGAUCCGCAAAAAUACGUCGCGUGAAAAUUGCGACCACAUAACUUAUGAGCCACGAAAAUUUUAGCCUUUAAAAUUUUGUCCAUUUAAAUUAGAAAUUACUUGCAUAUAAGGCUUUCAAUUUCUGUAUUUUCUGUUUUUCUUCGUUCUGGUCUUCUUCAAACUUCUGCUCUAGUACUGAUUCUCAUUUCUGCGUUGAGUUAUCCCGGCGAUCCCAGGAUUUGAUAACGUUUUUGAAACCUGAUUUCGAGUUUUAACUCUUUUUUUCUUCUGUUUUUCACAAUUAAUUUGUGCCAUAAAUCAUUAAAGUUCAAAAAUCUGUCAACUAAAUACGUUUUUCCAUGUUUAUAAAAAUGACAGACUUCUUAUUGAUGAUAAUGAUUGAAAUUUCUAGAAACCUACCGAAAAACAGUGGCUCUAGAUCUGGAAUUAAUCAAUAUCAACAAUAAAGGGAAAAAAAUUGAAAAAAAGGAAAAAGAAAGAAAUUCAAAAAAGUCAUCAUCUGAGCAAUUUUUAAAAUUUUACGAAAAAAAUUUUUGAAGGCUUAAAAUUUUCGUGGCUCAUAGGUUAUGUGGUCGCAAUUUUCACGCGACGUAUUUUUGCGGAUCAAAUUUUUCGUCCUACCAUCCAUUUUGGCGAGGGUUCAAUUUUUUUUUCGUGUUCUUAUUUUAAGUUAAUGCCGGGUUCAAAGUAAUUUUUGCGAAGUGCAAUAUUGUCUCUGACCCUCCAAAGUUUAGUUAUCUUUUUUUUUCUGAUGGCUCAUUUGCAUUUCGCGGAAUCACUUUGAACACGGCAUUAUCUUUCUUUAAAAAAUGAGUUUCUGUUUUUUAAAGUAUAUUUUUCAAAUUCUAAGGAAACUUGAAAAGGUUGCAUAAAAAUAAUUUACAGGCCAGAAAAUGUUCAAUAUAAAAAAUUUCAGAAUUGAUAUUCCGUGAGCUCAACGACUACGCGCGCAAGCACGACAUCUACGGUUGACAAAAGAAAAAUUCUUUCAUUCUUCCCAUUUUCUGUUCAUUUAGAGAUCUCAAUCUUCGACGGGAAUUUUGAAAUAGAAAGAAGAAAAAUGGAUUUUAUCGAUAGGCUAGCUAGUGAUUUUACCGCAUUUGCUUCCUUUUUUCGGGUUGAUUCGUAUUGAUUUCCCAUUGUGAACCCUGCUCAUUUAAAAUCUUAAUAACGCUCUCUUUUUUUGCUCUUUAAGACACGUUUUCACUUACUAAAGAUUCAGUUGUAUUGAUUUUGUUGACCUGCGUUUUUUGAACUAGUAAAUUUCAGUGUUUAUGCUGUCUAAAAUAAAGAGAUUUGACUGAAUUUUGAAUAAAAUCUGGGUGGUAGCGAAAAUGAAGCAUAAAUCAUGAAUAUUGCUGGAUUAUUUAAUAACGUUAUUUUUUUGUACUUUCAAGUGGUCUUUCAACUUUAAAAAUCACCGAAUUUUUUUGAUUAAUCGAUAUUACGUACUUUUUCAAUUUGGAAAAAUUUCCAAUUUUUCGAGAAAAAUACGCCUCAAAAAGUCGAUUUACUCAAGUCUAUGCAGUAAAAUAUGGUUUCAACCGUAAUUCUCGAAAAAAAAAUAUGAAUUUUCGCAGUUUUUUAGUUUUUAAAGUAUCAUCGUGUACAUUGAAGAGCGUAUUCUUAAAUUUCAGGAAAGUUUUGUUUAUUUCGAAUGGAAGAAUUUUCUGCUGGCUGAUAGGGAAAAAAAUGAGGUAAGUGGGUUUUUUUGAAUAUAUUUGAAAAAAAUUUUUAAAAAAAUUAUUGGAAUAAAAAAAGAAAAAAAGCUCCCAAAAAAAUCGUCUAGAACGAAAAAAUGGCAAGUUCAAAAAAAGUCAACAGAUUUUUUUAUUACCCUUUUUUUCCAAAUCUUUUCUAUUUUUUUCUUUUGCAAAAAUAUAUUUAUAAAAAAACGUCUUUUUUUAAAUUAUUUCAAUUAAAAAUUAUUGAAAACCUUUGCGAACACUAGAUUAGAAAAAGAAAUUCCAAGAGAAAAAAUUAAGUUUUCCAACUAGCCAGAGAGUUUUUUCCAAAUUAAAAAAAUCAGUUCAGCAAGUUUUUUUGAUUUGCAACAGCUCCGGAAGAAAUAAAAAGGAGAAUUUCAAACCAAAAACAAAAAUAGGAAGCAAUUACGUUGUUUUCCGUUCGAAAAACGGAAGGAAUUGCUGAAAAGGCCGUUUUUCAACUAUUUCCUUAUCACUCCAAUCACGUCGAUCAACAAUUUCAACCUUGAUAAAAAAGACCACUUGGCACGCGUCUCUUAGUCUUUCGCCCUUUUUUGCGGCGACUUUUAAAAGUUCCCAGAAAAGUGCCAUCCUGUUUUCUGAAAUCCGCUCUGAAACAAAUCUUCCGAAAAAAAUUUUUUUUUAAUCAGUAAAUUGACGAUCUUUGGGUUCUAAACAGUGUAAAAAUGAGGUUUCCGAUCAAUUUUUUUCUCACUCUUCGAGGAAAUUUCCUUUUUUUCAAGGUUUUUUUCUCAUUUGGUUUUUUUCUUUUUGGUUCAUUUGAUUUUUUUUCGCUUUUAGAAAAACGAUGUAAUUACACAAAUGAAAAAAAGGUCCUUUGCCUUUUUGCGCCAUUUUCCCGGCCCUUAUGCACCAUUUUUGCUGCCUUUCCCUUUUUCCACCGUUUCUAGAGCCUUUGUCGCUUUUUUUGUUCCCAAAUCUUCAUUUUCAAUGAACUGGUUUUGAAAAAAAUGUGAGUUUAAAAUUUUUGUGCGUAGUUCGGAUUUUUGUCAAUUUUUUAUCUGUUAACGGAAGUCCUUUUUUGCUCCUAGAUCUUAAUUUUCAUUAAAAUAAAUUGAAAAUAUAAAAAUUUCAAGGCGUCAUUAGGAACGUCGUCAAUUUUUAUUUUUAGUUGUGUAUGGAAUAUAUCAUUUUUUGACGGAAGUCCUUUUUUGCUCCCAAAUCUUCAUUUUCAUUGAAAUAAUUAUGAAGUAUAAAAAUCUCAAGGUGUCAUUUGGAAUGUCGUCAAUUUUUAUUUUUAGCUGUAUAUGGAAGUGCAAACGCCCCACGGCAAGUUCUUCGUUCCAGAAGGCUUCCGGUUGCAUUUCGUCUGCGAUACGAUUCCUUUCAUUGUCCCUUCCCGAUAUGAUAGACUCAUUUAUCUGGGACAAGGUACUCAAGGAGACGUCGUGUUAGUUUAAAAAAAUUAAUUUAUGAAAUUUUUUUAGUCUCACUAUUAUUCACACUUUCUUAUUUUACGGAACUUGGUUAGGAAUCCUAUUAAUAUUAUUAUUUAAUUGUUUUCUUUUCAAAUUUUUUUAGAAAGUACGGGAGGAAAUAGGUUGACACUGGUACAUUAAUGAUAACUUCAAGCUUUUUUUGAAAAAAUUCACUCCUUCCCCCAUUGUAUAGUUUUUUUCUUGUUAUAUAGAAAGCCUAAAAAAUGAUCUAUUUUGCAAAAUUUUCUCAUUGGAUGUGAUCCCCUUACGUUCAGAUCGGCCUUCGAUUCGGUUCUGAACUUUCCGAUAGCGAUAAAACGUAUAAGACUACCUCCUGACGCGGAAAAUGACCUUUUCCGGAAAGCCAACCGAGAACUUCAGUGUUCCAUUAACUUGCGGCAUAAUCAAGUAGUUUAUUUGACACUAAAAAGAAACGCAGAAAAAUAAUUCAGAUCAUAACUUUCUACAAUGCUUUCGCGUCCGUUUCUCGUUCUGAGGCUCUGACAGAGUUUUACAUUGUUCGCGAACUUACUGAAGGAACUUUGGGGAAGGUAAAGAAUCUAAAGUUCCUUUGGAAGGAUUGCUUUUCAGGUGGAAAGAGACAUACUGGACCAUGACUCGAUCUCCUCGAUAGUUUAUCAAAUAUUGGAAGGAGUCAAUUAUCUGCACAGAAACCAGAUUGCUCACAGGGUACUAUGGAAAGCCAGAAUGAUCACUAGAGGGGCUCCUGAAGGUUUCCCUCUCGGGACGGCCUUAGCCUCCCUCAAGGGGAUACUGAAGAUUGGAAAAGUGACCACUCUAGGGAAGCCUUCGUUAUUGUUGCUAACUUUAUACUUCAAAUAUGAAAAAAAAAACAGUGAAAGUUCCUUAUAGGGACCACUUAACCUUUAACGGGUGAAAGAUCAGGUCUAAAAUCCUCUAGGGUCCUUUAUUUUUUUCUCUAUAUGGUUUUUUUUUCCGAACCCCUCUAGAGACCACUCUGAGAUUCCCUAAAUUGCAAAGAAAGUAGGAAAUCUCAAGUUCAACAAAAAAUCGUAGGCAACAGUUCGAAAUUUAAAACUGUAUUUUACAGGAUCUGAAGUUGGCCAACAUUUUAGCCACGUGCAGAGGCGAGGUCAAGGUACCUUUUUACAAGUUUUUCAACGUAAUAAACUUAAAAAUCGAUAAGGUGUGCGAUUUCGGGCAGUCGAACAUGCAGGACCCGUUCAUGAACACGCCCUACGUUGUUCAACGACAGUUUCGAGCCCCGGAAAUCCUGCUCCAGCAGGGCGCCCUCGCCAUUUACGAUAAUCGAGGUUUGUAAAGGGAGUCGAAACUCAAGACCCCGAAGUAAAAUGGUUUUCCUUCUAAGACCUAUUUUGUAAGCUUCAUUUUUUUAAAGGCACAGCGGCAGUAAAAAACGGUCUUUCAGUUCAAAGCAUUACUUUGAAGAGCUUUUCAUUGCGAAUCGAACGGUGAACUUGGAAACGUACAGAAGUUCCUAGUUUUUAGAAAAAAUAAUUCAAAGUCGGAGAAAAGAAAGUUUGAUUUCCCGCGAAAAGGGCGCUUUGCAGUAAAGUUGCUCUAUGGACAACAGGCUUCGCCAUCUUCCGAAUUUUCGCUUUUUUAUUCGUUGCCAGGCUUGUGCGAGGGCCGGCCCGUCACCCUCCCGGCCUCACGACCGUUUCGUAAGCCCGGCCCGGCCUUAGCGGGCCUCAAGAAAAAAUGGCCCGCCCGGCCCGAAGCGCGUAUUUUUUUCUCUAGUCGAAUAUCAAGUUUUUCUACGACAAAAAUUAUGUUUUUUGCUCAUUUUUUCACUUGAAGUUUAACAAAAAAACUAUGAUUUCAGAAGUAAAAGUCACAUUUCGGUGAAAAAUUUUUUUCAAAUGAAAUUUUAAAUUUUUGAAGUCCGGCCCGGCCCGAGCCCACGCGGGCUUUUUUUCCCUGAAAGUAAGGCCCAAAGCCCGGCCUGACGCACAAGCCUGUUCGUUGCUAUCAAUUUUAAAUCUGUUGUCACCAAAGUUCUUUCCGUCACAAACGCUUUCUAUUCAUGUAUAGUUUGCAAACUUUGAUCGCAAAAAAGCUUUUCUGGUGAAAAAUGAUGAAUUUACGCAGGUUUCGAUUGGGAUAGCGAUUAUUAGUGUUUUCUUUAUUAUCGGUGUGUGUUUGUUGAUUUCUUAAUUUAUUUUUCAGGAAAGAAACCUUUGGCUUAAAACAGAUAUCCGGUUAUUUCUCCCAAAAUGCGAGUCUAAUGAGAUGUCCGCAACAUCCUGUGCACAGCUACUGUGAACAGUUGUCCGUAUGCCGAUCCAACGCAUCUUUCAAAACUAAAGGCGUGAAAGUGAAAUCGCCUUUUUUUUUCAAAAGUGGUCACAUCUGUAAUUUUUUUGAGUACACAGUUCGAUUCGCAAAGAAAAACUGUAUAAGAUACUGUUUUCUCCUGAAACCCCAUUCUUUACUGCCCCUAUGCCUUUAAAAAAGGUUACAGUUGACAUUUGGUCAGUCGGCUGCAUUUUGGCGAACUUGAUCAUCGGAGAGCCUCUGUUCAAAGGAACCGAUCAUCUACAUCAGUGGGAGAAGAUCGUGGAAAUCCUCGGGACGCCGCCGCCGGACUCGUCAUUCGUUCAAAGGCUACAGCCUCACGUCCAAAUGGCCAUCGCAACUUGUCCUUAGUUAGUUUGAAGUCUGAUAAAAGAAGGCGGAAAAUAAGUAGAAAGUCGUUGUUCCUCUUACCAAAAUUAUUGGUUUUCUGUUUCCAAAAAGACAAGACCUUCCAAAAAUGAGCUCACCAGUCAAACCGAAGGCGGUGAAAUUUUCGACUCAUAACUUUUUUCACAGACGUCCUCGACAGUUUCCAAGACCAAAUUUGGAAUAGCGUGAAAAACUAGUGUUACAACUGAUUCUAUCAAAUUUCUUAACUCUCUCUAAAUCAGAAAAAGUUCUAGAACGAAGAUUCUCAAACUUCUUUUCGAAAAAAACGAUCAAGAAAAUCGAACAAAACUUAUCAUAAACGAAAUAUUUUGCAAAAAUAAGUUUCCAAAACAUGAGCAAAAUUUGUUCGUAAGGUUCAAAGCAGAUGUCUUACAUCGAGAGUCUGAAAUUGGGCUAACUCCAGCUAUAUUUUGCCCUAUUUUUGGCAUCAGAUUAUUUUUCGCCCAUAUUUUCUCAUCAUACAGUUUUAUACUUCCUUUUUUCAUAAUCUUUUUUUUUCUUAUCUUGUUUUUUCUUUCACGUUUUCAACAGAAAUAAAGGCAAUCCUCGAUUCUUAGUCUGACCUUAUCAUCUUUCAAUACUGGCUCAGAGGCUCGUGAGGGCCUCAAGUGCCUUUUAUUUAUUUAUUUCAGGCUUUUAUGCCAAUCUUCCCUUCUUUUUUUGUACAUGUUUUUCGUUCUGCCUGUAAAUAAAUUAUAUUAUUAUUAUUAAAGGCUCCGGUUACUGAGAAAUGUUUCAAUGUUUUUUUUAAACUUCAACAGGCCAAAUUCUGAAAGUGUGUCUUUAAAUCGUCAUUUUUUAAUCAAAUUAUUUUUCAGUCAACUUUUCAAGUUAAAUCUGAGUUCUAACUGUACUGGUCUUUUUCAAAGAUUUCUUUCAUAUAUUUUCAUUGGCUUUCUUAUGAAAUAGAUAAAAAUUAUCAAUUUCCAUGAAAAAUUUCAUCAAAUUGUUUUUUCAGUUACUACCAAAAACCGCUGGAAGUUUGCCUUCCUGAUAGCUCAUUCCCACCCGGAGCGGCUGCGGAGUCGGAAAGAUGUGAGAGAAAGUUUUGGAGGUCAUUUAGAUCCGUCUAACCUGUCUGUUCCCUCUCUCUCUCUCCGAAAAAUUUAAGCAGUAGAAACAAGAGAGUUGAGAGAAAAGAAGAGCGCAGACAAGCGAUGGUCUGUUAAAAUUUUUGAACGUUAAGUAAAAUGACAUCAUUAGAAAAAGUUCUCUGGGCUCGCUCUAUGAUUUGUUUUUAUAUGUCAUAGGGGCGGAGCUUGAGCCACGACUUUGCAUUCAAAAUCUGAAUAGAGUAUAUAAUUCUUUUAUUGCUUCCAGUUUUGUGUGGUCAAAAGGAAAGUCUUAAAUCAAUAUUUAUUCGAUAAAUCUGAAACCUUUCGAUGAAUUUAUUCAAGAACUCAUCCGGCUCAUUUCCAGGCGAUUUGGCCCGAGAUUUAUUGAAAAAGAUGUUGGUUAUUGAGCCGUCGGACCGGAUAAGCGUCAUAGAAGCACUGCAUCAUCCGUAUUUUCCGGAGAGAAUCCGAGAAGAGGUUGGUAAUUUGACAUCUUUGCAUCAGUAAAUUAUUAGAGUCAGAAGUCGUGCAGAAAACCUGAAAUUUUUCUUUUUUUUAAUAGCCUUUGUUUUUUUCAGAUCAGCGCUGAACCAUUUGAACACGCUUUGGGCGUCGAAAGUUCUUAUUCUCUUAAUCGAGGGAUUCCCGCCGAGAAAUCUAGAAGUUGGUCGUUUUUCAUUCAUUUCUUACUGUCUCGCAUGUCUGCGCCCUCUCUUCUCUCAAAGACACUUAUGUUUCCAUUUCUCACGUUGCUGUGCCCUCAGAGGUGAGAGAAAAGAGAGCGCAGACAGACUGGAAAAUUGCGAGGCGAAGAAUUUCUUCAUUCUUUUGUCCGUCUCGCAAGUCUGCGCCCUCUCUUCUCUCAACAGCAACUAUAUUUCCAUUUCUCACGUUUUUGUGCCCUUAGAGGUGAGAGAAAAGAGAGCGCAGACAGGCUAGACAGCUUAUUAGCGAAUAAAAUUUCAUUCAAAAUGGUGACAAUUCAGAAAAAAUUUUCCACACACUGACAAACUUCGCAAGGAUCCACGACAUCCACUCCGGAAAGCAUCCCCGAGCUUUUACCCACCUGGAAAUGCAACAGAACAUGUAA